GCCUAUAUAAAUAGAGCUGCUUCUGCACAAGGCAAAGAGAGGAGCAGAAGGCAAUUCCAUAGGACAAGAUGCUGCUUCUACUAAUCCUAGCUGUGUGUGUACUGCAUAGCCAUGCUGCCAGUCUGCUGGUAAACACCACUGGGGCUAUGGAUGAACUGGGCGUUUGUUACUGCUCUGUUGCCCUCCCAGAUAACACAUUCCCUGCAGAUCGUUUGGAGAUCCUGGAAAUUUCCAACAAGGAUCUAGGAAUCAGUGUCCAGCAAGAGAUCACUAAGGUGAAAAGGUAUCAGGCUACACUGACUGAAUACCUGGUAAAGCUUAAGAACCUGACCAGGCGAGUAGAAGUCAUAGAGAUGGGUGGCGUAGCCUACACAGAACUAGACUUUGAGCUGCUUAGGUUGGAGAUCAGAGAAAUGGAAUCAUUGGUUAUCAAACUUCGAGAAUCAAUGGAUGGAUCAAAUGUUCUGGUGGAAACUCUCUAUACGGAGGUCCAUAAUAUAUCCAUUAUGGUGAACCAACUAGAAUCAUACGACAAGAACAAUGUCCUAGCAGUGAGACGGGAGAUUGCUUCACUGCGUAAGAGACUUGAAGAUUGUGAGAAGAACCAAAAUAAUGAAGUCCCACCACAGAUCAAUUAUGGAUCCUGCAGUCAUGGAGGAAUUGUUAACGUCAGUAAACCAUUUGUGGUCCAGUUGAAUUGGUUAGGAUUUAACUAUAAAUUUGGAGGAUGGGGGAAAGACUCUUAUGCAAAUGGUAAUCAAGAUGUGCAUUGGGUGACCCCUCUUCAAAUAGAUGGCCGUAUGAUGAACAUUAUUCGAUAUUACCCCACAUACGAUAAUCUCUUGCUCUACAAAGGAGCCACAGAGAAGGUGCUGACCAAAACUCUGGCCUACAAUAAUUAUGACUACUCCAGCUGUGGCCAAGGCGGAGGCAUAAUUAUGUUCAACAAUUCAUUGUAUUACAAUUGCUAUAACAGUAGGGACAUCUGUAAAUGCAAUGCGGAUACCAAUGCAGUGGAGCGUAAGACACUCACAGAUGCCACUUUUAACAACCGAUUCUCUUACGCUUCCUCUGCCUGGCAGGACAUUGACUUAGCCAGUGAUGAAAAUGGCCCCUGGGUCAUUUACUCUACAGAGCAAAACGCUGGAAACAUUGUCAUUGGCAAACUAAAUCCCGUUACCUUGGUGGUAGAGAAGACUUGGAUGACAUCCCAGUACAAGCCUGGUGCCACCAAUGCCUUCAUAGUGUGUGGGGUCCUGUAUGCCACUAGAACCCUUAGCACCAGAAAAGAAGAAAUAUUUUACAUGUAUGACACCAACACAAGCCAGGAAGGUCAAAUAAGCAUCAUCCUUGACAAAAUGAUGGAGAAUGUGCAGAGUCUUUCCUACAACCCUAAUGAUCACAAACUCUACAUGUACAAUGAUGGCUACCUAGUCACAUACAAAAUGGCCUUUAAGUCACUACCCAAACCUGUCUAGGAAUCUGCUUAUGUACAUGAAUGUUUUACCUUAAAGUAGAAAUGGAGAUCAAGACCUCAUUUUCAGAAGACCACCAAUGUUUUCUCCAUGUAGGUGUUUGUUAUUGCUUAUCCUGCACAAUCCAGAAUCAAUGGCUUCCGUUCAUUGAAAUACUGAUCAAUGUCCUCCCUCAAACAUCAUUUUUCAAAAUCUAAAUAAGUUAAAAAUUAUGUUCUGAUUAAUGAUCCCUCUAGUGGAAGUUACAGUCGACGUAAUAUCUUUGAAGUGUAUUCAAGGAAUUUGACAGUGAUUGGAAAAUUAAUCAACACUUAAAAACAACACGAUGAUAAAAUGUGGAGGGACUUCUUUAAGCCCCUUAUGGACCAUGGAAAAACAUUUUCAUUUUCCCCACCCCCCCUUUAAAAAGUCAUAACUUUUUUAUUUUUCCAUCAACAUAGCUUGUUUUUUGCCUUACCCGUUGUACUUUUUACAGAAAUUCAUUAAUGGUUUAUAUACUGUAUUGGGAAACUGCACAAAAGAAAACCUUUGUGUGGGGAAAUGGGGGAAAAAGAACAAUUGUCCCAUUGGUUUUUUUUUACAGCAUUUACAAUAUGAUAAAAAUAACAUUUAAUGAUUACAGCUCUACCAAA